AUGUCGCAGAUUUCCUCGGUUUCUGGCCCUGCAGCGGACGAUGCUCUUCUUCGAUCAGACUCCCACGCCAUUCUCGACAAGAAACGACCUCGCGUAGAGGACGAGUCGACUGUGGACGGUCGUGACCCCGUGCGUCCUCGGCCUCUUUCGUGGAAUCCAUCGGCUCCGGUGGAACCCCCGCUGAAAUCGACGCAGCUUCGUCCCAUCGGCGUUCAGUCCAUCUUGAACCCCCCUGCUAAACCGGGCUCGAUAACUGCCGCAGGCCCUGCUGAGGCUUCUCGAGAGGCACUGGGGGAACAGGCGUCCGUCCGUGCGUCCCACCAGCGACUUCCCUCAUCUCCCUCUGUCCAUCUCCCUUCGCCAUCACUUCAUGCUCGACGGCUGUCUGCCUCUCCUGGAAUGAGAAAUCGUCAAAUGAGUACACCUCUUUCGCCGUCGGCCCGGUUUGUCAACGCGGGGGCUGGCCUUCCCGGAAAACUCAGUGCUUCUCAGUCUCCCUUGGCCCAUGAAUCACGACCGGGGUUGUACUCGGCAACGCCUACUUCCCCUAUGCCUCUUGAGUCGGUUCCCGGACAGGCUCACUCAGUACCAGUACAUCAGCAGCCGGUGUCCAUAUCAAUGCAUUCCACCCCGACCUUUCACAGCCGGCGAACGAGUGCGGCUCCAACGCCAAAUCUGAGUCCCCAGGAGACAAGCCCUACCACGCCUAUUUCCUCCUUCAGUCAAUUCGGCCGGUCAUCUCCGUCGUUGAAUGGUAUGUCGGGACCGCCCCCUGCUCCACCGUUCAUCGCUUCGUCUUCUCUGUCGGCCAAGGACCCGGUGCCUCGUCUUCCAUCCGUCGUAUCUGGAACCAGGCAUGUCGGGGAUGAUGCGGUAACAGCAGCCGCAGCAACAAACACCACAACAGCAACAUCAGGCCAGACAGAAAACGUUCCUCUACCUGGGAUGAUCCCAUGCAUCUUGGAUCUCAAGUCGGGCUCAUCCAGUCAGGCAGAGAAGCGGAAAGCCAACAGCGAUGCGUCAAGGAGGUUCCGCAAUCGGAAAAGAAACGAGAUGCAGAUGGAGCAAAAGAUCACCGCCCAACAAGAGGAGAUUCGCAAACAGGCCGAGACUCUACAGCGACAGAACCAGGAGAUUCGGACCCUGAUGCAGGAGCGAGACCACUAUCGAUCGGAAAGGGAUUUCUAUCGUGAACAGGCCAGCCGACUGGGGCCUGCCGGCCAGGGUUCUUCCCGGCCAGCCUCGCCUCGGGCUUUCCGAUCGUCGGUCGAGAACACGCCCUCAGAGCGUGAUCACUACAUUAUGAGGAGAGUAGGAGAUGCCCCGACAGGACCGCUGCCAUCCUCCUCGAACACCCCCCCCCUCGCGUCUGCGAGAAUGCCCGGAGGCUGGACCUCUGCGUCGUCGCAGUAUCCCUCGUCGGCUAUCAGCCACGCCGAACGUGGAGUUCUCGCAGACGAGCACCAGGCCAAGUCGUUAUCUCAAUAUCCGGGUACUUGGGCUCGUUCUUGA